AUCACAUUGCAUUAUUCCAUGCGACACUUUCUUAUUCAAAAGUUGGCCACCCUGGCAAGAUUAGAAUAGAAUUAGAAACGUCAGUGUCAAACAAAACGUCACACCAAUCAAUUAUUAUUCUAUGUUGUAAAUAAAGAAUAUAUUUUUUAUAAAAUAUGUCAUGUCCUCUGGGCGAUUAAAAUUUCAUUCGAGCUCGACCUAAAAUUCGAAAGUGUCCGUAGGUGUACGUUCGAUUUCGUCGAUCUUUAUUCUUCCAUUUCAGUGAAAACAGUUACCUCAUAAAUAUGUCUCUCACAAUUCAACAAAUAAUUACCGACGCAAAACGCCUGGCCAGUCGAUUAAAAGACAGAGAUGUGGUGGCUGAUGUAUUGCUAAACGAAACCCACGCAAUUAAUAAAAAAAUAGUCGCCAUGAAACAGUUUCAGGAAGAAGUAGAGCAGCUGAAUGAAGUUGCGAAUCAAAGGCCACAUUCCCAAUUAAUAGCGAAUAUACAGAAAGAGAACAGGCAUUUAAGAGAGAUCCAGCAGGAGAAUAGAGAACUUAGAGCCGCUCUGGAGGAUUACCACAUAACUCUUCAGCAUGUCAUGUCUAAAUAUAGGCAGCACACCAACGAGGAAAUCUACAAGUCUAAAAUUAAUUUCAAAACUCUGCAGGAGAAGAAAUAUAACGAAGUGAUCCGUCAGCAGGCUGAGAAAAUACAAGAAAUGGCAGCUGUGAUGGACAAAGCGGCUCUAAUUGAUGAAAACAGGGAAUCUAAAGACCAGGAGGUUGUGUCUAUGUUGAAAGUUGAAAAUCAGGGUUUAAGGGAAAUGUUAGAGAUAGCUCAAAGGUGUGGAAGCCUCAAAACAGAAGAUAAAAAUGUACAAACGGAUGUGGAACCUUCGACAUAAAUUCUAAGAUAUUUUAUUAAUUUGUAAAUUAAGUUUUUGUUUUCUUCAACUGUAUUUAUUAUUUAUAAAUUUACGUAGUUGUAUUAAACUUUUGUACUUUUCGAUUAGUUUCUCACAUAAUUUGUAACAUACUUGUUUACUCACCAUAAUUAUUAUUUAAACUUUUCGAAUAAAAUCGUUGAUUUUUUUAAUCUCUAGUCUUGAUACUUAAUAA